AUGGCCUAUGAAAAGCCCAAGGAAGGAGUCAAAACUGAGAACAAGAAUCAUAUGCAGGCAGGAGAGUUCUGUGGCGAAGAUUAAGAGUGGUGUACACCACGUAGUAAACCAGUGAAAGCCUAUUGUGAACAACAAAGUUUGUCAAUGAGGUAUAUCAGAUUCGGAUUUGACGGGCGUCCAAUCAGUGAAACAGAUGCACCAGCACAGUUGGAAAUGGAGGAUGAAGAUGCAGUUAAUGUGUUCAAGCAGCAAACAGGAGGUGUCUACUACAAGAGGAACUUGUUACUCCAGAACUCGGUUCCUCCAGACCAAAUCUCAGUUAGAAAACCACCAUUUGAUUCCACCACAUCCUGA